CACUGCCCAUUAUCGCUGUAGGACGUGGUAAAGAUUUUUGGAAGAAUAUAUAUUUUUCGUCAUAUAAAAUACGACUCAUGACUAAGUAGUUAAAACGCAAAGCCCAAGAUGACGAUAGACGUUAUACAACGUAACGGCGAAACAAGCCAGGAAGCUGUCAAACAGGAGAAACCAGCACCAAAAUACUGGGAUCCAUUACAGCAAGGCGUCAAAUGGAUAGAAAGAUAUGCAGAGCCUCUUGAAAAGUUCUUCGAGAGAUUGCCAGAAUUCAUUAGCACAUUUGUUGCUACACUUGCUGUUUUCACAUUCGGAUCCAUAUUACGAGGAGAAUGGGUCAUAAUAUUAGUAACAGCACUAAAACAAAUCUCAGGUCAUACUCAAAGUAAUCAGAAUAUUACCACAGAAGAAAUUUUCAGCUUGUUUACGGAACAAAACUUGAAGAUGGAAAACUUCGGUAUAAUAUUUAUAGGUGCACACGUCGUGUCUCUCAGUAUGUACUUCCUUAUCGGAGGAUUUUUGCACUGGUACUUCUACGUUAAGAGACGAAACACCGCUAAAGAAUGGAAAAUUCAGCCGGACAAAUGGUUGUCACCUGAGUUGGAAAGACAUGAGAUCAUGGUGGGCACUUUUGCUCUGUUGAUCACUGGCUCCUGCUCAGCUCUCCUUGCUUGCUACAUCUUCAAUGGAAACCCUUCCACAGUAUAUUUCCAAUUCGACGAAUAUGGAUGGCUUUGGUUUUUCCUUCAAUUCCCAGUUAUAUUUAUCUAUAGUGACUACACCACCUAUAUUAUGCAUCGCAUGUACCACACUCCAUGGUUGUACAAGAAUUUCCACAAAUUGCACCACAAGUACAAACAGCCUACUGCCUUCUCCGUGACUGCCAUUCACCCUGUUGAGAUUACGCACAUUCAAUUGACUAUGUGCUUGCCUCUCUUUACCAUUCCAGUACACUGGCUGUCGUUCUACUCUGUGGCUCUCUACAUCUACUAUCAUGGUAUCAUUGACCACUCAGGGAUCAAUUUUAAGGCCCAGUGGUGGCAGCCAUGGCAACCAGACGCGGAUUUCCACGAUAAACAUCACGAGUUCUUCCAUUGCAACUUUGGGUUCAACAUGGUUUUGUGGGACAAGCUUCAUGGCACUAUGAGAAAACAAAACAGACUAUACACAGAAGACACAUAUCAUGGAGAAGCACCUCUCUUAGAUUCAAUUGAAGCCAAAGAAUUGAUCAACAAGGAUGAAGACGCUAAAGAAGCUUUCAUAUCAACUAAGGCUCUUCUUAAUUCUAAAUCGGAUUAGACUAUCGGAAUUUUUAGACAUAUAGCUAGGUUAUCAAAAUUCCUCAUCGUCAAUUGACGUAUGUCCCACUUCAACAAGAUGGUUUAGAUUAAACGGUGGUCAGUCACAUUGACUGAUUGCAGAUUUGGGACUACACACGUUUUCAAAAAGUUAUUGUCACCCUAUCCAAAAUUUAGGUAGUAUCACGACAUUUUCCAUCAUUCUUAAAGCAAGUGAUAAUUUAGUAAAUAGAAUAAGUUAUUGAAACACAUUGAUUUUAAUCAAUUAUUUUUCAGUAUUAAAGUCGUUGAUGAAUCAACCACAUGAUUAUAUUCAUAACUUAAAUUGUUUGCUGCAAUCAUUAGAAAUGUUGCACUAAUCAUUGUGCAUGAUGGGCUUGGAAUAAGUGAUACAUUAUUUAUUGCAAGAACAUUGAUUUUUCUGUAUGAUAAUAAGAUUUUUUCUUUAUAAUUUUGAACUGUUUUAAAACCUAUAUUACCUAUAUUCUCAAUUUAAAUCAGAAACUUUCAAUGUUUCAGUUUUUGCAAUAUUUUUUAUCUUGUCCUUGUACUUCGCCCUUCUUAAUCUAUCAUCCGUGUCGUACGUAUUGAUUAUAAAAUUGGCAAGUGACGUCCGGAUAUGGAACAUACUUUAUUUUUCUCUCCAAUACGGUCCGUAAUACAUUUUUAUUCAAAUUAUAUACGAGAAGUUUAUUAAUGAUUUUCCACCUAAUUAGACUCAAGUUAAAUGUAAUCGGAUUGUACACGUCAAGGCACAUUAAUUAAUCCUAUCAUUUAAACAUAAUUAACAAAGUUUAUUGUGUUAGAGGCAUAUAAUAAAUUAUAUGUGUUUGUGUAUAAUAUAAUAUUCUAACUGUACUUUACGCCAAUCAUUUUAUUUAAACAGGAGUUACCUUUGGUUAUGAGAACGACAAAAAGCCACAGAUUAAAACAAAGAACGUAGGAGUGGUAGUAUAAUGAGGUCGGCUUUUGAAGCACACUAAAGAUAUUAACAUUUAUUACCACAAGGUUACUAUAUAUAGUAUGGACUUAUUUGUUACAAUCUUUAUUCAGGAGGUCUUUCAAUCAAACCACUUGGCGUUGAGAUCGGAGUGAAAAGAUUCAGAGUGACGCCACACGAUGCGUUGCGUCGUCGCCGUCGCCUCCAAGCAGUGACGCUGCAUUACAAUGCAGUACACUGCAUAUACAUAAAUUAGAACUACAUGCCACAUGGUGCGUCGAAACGGCGAAAUGGAGAGGUACUGCGGUGCUUAACCCUUUCAAGAAAAGUACUUACAUAAUACCGCACACAUAAAUUUUAGUAGUUUUUUUGCCGUAGUUCUUCUAUUGAUUAAAUAUACAAUGUUCAAUGUGCGUAAAUCAUCAAAAUUUGUCAGUACGUUGUCUACAACGUAUCUAGAGUAUAGUAUCUAUACCACGGAAAUGUGGUCUGUGAUCUAUACUAUGGAGAAGCAGUAGGCGGCAACUACACACAAAGCAUUAGGAAUCGCAAUGUAAACCCCGUAGUUGGUGUUUUAAGAUCCACAUGGUGAAACGGGGUACCCCGUUUUAUUAUAUUUUAAUAUUUAAUUUUACGGUAAAUGUUGUUACUGUCCAUGAAAAGUUUAAAUAAUUGGCGUUACGUUGCGACAUCACAUUGCUCGUGUGGCACUGGGUGCGUUGAAAUCAUGGCGUUGCGCCGAGGCAAUAGCCGGCAGAGCUCAUGUGGUAUCGCCCGACACCGUUUGUGUAUCGGUUGUUCCGGCCCAGAGGAUAAAUUAUAGAUAAUAAUAAUAAUAAUGCAUACACUUAACAAGCCCCGCAUUAGGGAAACCCUGUGUCGCGGAUGCCAUGGACACACACAUAGACGACCGCAAUAUACACCCAAACUAACGAGAGA